AUGUUGAUUGUCAGUAAUUGUGCUUCCAUUAGAGAGCAGCAGAAGGAGGGCUGGUUGAACCAACUGAGGGAGAUGAGAGACGAAAAUGAUUGCUUGUUAAAACUUCUCUCUGAAAAGGAUUUCGAAAUCAGACGAAUGAAGAAAAAACUGGAAGAUGAGCGAGUUCUGGCCUUGGCUGGUGCUUUUGGCCCAGGAGGAGACGUGGCCGCCGUCAAGAUCGUAGAAUUGUCCAAGAAGAACCGAGAGUUGACUUCUGAAGCCGAGCGCGAGCGAUCCAAAUCCAAACAGAAUAUUAAUAGAAUUAAGGAGCUUGAAAACCAGUUGGAGGUGGCUCUACUUUCCCUGUCGGGACACAAGACUGACGUCAAUAUUCAGAAGCAAAACUCAUCCAAAGACGGUUGGGACACUCCAGUGGUGAAGUCUCUCAAGGACAAGUUGUCUUCUGCUCAGCUCAAAGUCAUCGAGCAUCGCAACCAGGUUCAAUUUCUCAAGCAAGAGUUGAAGCUGGCUCAGAAGGUUCUGGUAAGUGAGGUGGGGGAAGAUGCCAACGUUCAACAGUUACUAAGCUGUCCCGGGAAUUUUAGAGGACGAGCACAGCAAAUACUGGCGCUUCAAUCAAGGUUGCGUGACCUCGAGCAGCAGCUGAGGAAGGCGACGACUCAAGCACCAGGCAACCAAAAAGUGGAAGAACCUUCUAAAAUCCCAACUCAGGGCAGAAACAUCAGCUUUAUUCGCACAAUGGAGAAAGAAAAGAAGGAAGCAUUUGAGAGGAUCUCAGCCAGCUAUGAAGCCCUACAGAAGGAACAUGAAGAUGUAAAGAAGAGGCUGGAAGCCUCCAAGGCCAGGAUCAAGUGUCUGUCUGAGGAAAAGGCAGCUCAGAUAUCCGCUGCGUUAGUUAAAAGUAAACACGACGAUGAGCUGGUGGAAGCUCUGCUGAAGGAGAAGGCCCAAAUGCAGGAGAUGGUGUCCCAGCUCACGAAACAAGUGGAGGAGCAGAACGCGCAGGCCCAUCCAAACCCAAUAGUUCCAUUGAGCAGUGAGCUCUCCAUGCAAAACACGUUGAUUCAGAGCUUGUACCAAGUGGUCGCGGACAAAGAGAACACCAUCAAGGAGUUAGAGGAGAAAAUUCAGCAUCUCUCAGUAGAGGCAGAACAUGAGCAGAGCGUGACAGUGGUGCUCGAGCAGCAGGAAUUGGAUUUCUGGAGCGUGGAUGCGCAGAAGAUACUAAUGUCGCUUCAGAGUUCGAGGCUGGCCGUUGAGCUGGAGGAAAAGGGAGCUGCCGAGGGCAUCGCUGAAGAGCACUCGGCACGGUGA